UGUUGACUGUGGUUACGGAAUGAUUUCGAGAGAGUGGCUUGCAGUGUUGGUAAUGUCCUCUUCCUCUUUCCUUCACUCUCGGCAGUUAAGCUGCUCCAAUCUCUCCACCAACUCUUUUUCACCUCUUUCGCAAAACCAAACUAAAAUACUUGAAAUAUAAUAAUUUAUUCAUUCAUUUCAUUUUUAAAUUCAUUCAAAGUUGUAGUAAUAUAUAUAUAUAUAUAUAUACCUACGCUGCUUCUGUUUGUGCAUAAAUCUUCUUUUCUUUUUUUCUUUCUCUUGAAAUAUUUGAGAGAAAUAUCGAAAAUGCCUCUGGUUAGAGCUCAGGUGAGGAAUGAGUACGGGCUUGGUCAACCGGAGCUUUACAAGAAAGUUAAUAGAGAAGAUCCUAAAGCUGUUCUCGACGGCGUCGCCGUUGCCGGUCUCGUUGGGAUCUUGCGCCAAUUGGGCGAUCUUGCUGAAUUUGCAGCUGAGGUUUUUCACGGAUUACAAGAGCAAGUAAUGAGCACAGCUUCUAGAAGUCAUAAAUUGAUGAUUCGUGUGCAACGAAUUGAAGCUGCGCUUCCGCCAAUUGAAAAGUCUGUUCUUGCCCAAACAAGUCAUAUACACUUUGCUUACACAGCUGGAUCUGAAUGGCACCCUCGAAUUCGCAAUGAGAAAAAUCAUUUCAUCUACAAUGACUUGCCACGAUUUAUUAUGGAUUCCUAUGAAGUUUGCCUCGAACCUCCACGUCUGCACUUGCUUGACAAAUUUGAUGCUGGUGGCCCAGGAUCUUGUUUGAAGAGAUAUUCAGAUCCAACAUACUUUAGGAGAGCAUCAGGUAGCUCCAUUGAAGAACAUGCUGAUAAAGUCCCAAGAGAUAAGAAGUCUCAUAAAAGCGAGAAAAGAAGAUCAUCCCAUAGGAAUGGCGAACUAUCACAUGGUGCAUCAUUAUCAAACCACGGUGGCAGAAUGCAAUUUACUUCUUCGAUUGUUAAUGGGCGGACUUCUCCCUCUCAUACUGCAUCUACAGUUGACUUGGGACGGAAAUCUGAUGUGGGAGAGCAUUCAAAUUCUUUUGAUUCAAGAACUGGCUCUGGAUACAUCAGAUGUGUUUUCAACCUAGGUUCAUCCUUGCAACCUGAGGAACAGGGAACCAAGGAAGUGUCUUCCAGAUUGAUGCAAGAAACUGAUACCCUUGGUUCUGAUUUUCCUGUUGAACAAACACGGUUUAUAGAUGAUAAUGUUUCUCAUAGUUCAUCUGAAAAGCAGAUUGCCCCAAGUUCAUCUUGUGUAACUUGGGAUGAAAAGGCAGAAAUAGUGGAGUCCAAAGCAGGAAAUUGGGAUAGAGAUGAAGUUCCAGAGAUGAACUUUGAUGUAGAUGUGUUGGAAACUGGAGCUGCUAAUCUUGGAAAUGGUCAUCAAAUGGAUAUCCUGUUUAAUGACAUGAAUACUUCCCAAUCAAGCUCUACUGAGAACCAAAAUGAUGAAAUUGAAAGUGAACCGGAUGAUUACAUGGAUGCACUGAACACAAUAGAAUCAGAAUCUGAAAAUGAUAUUGAGUGCCACACAAAACGAGAAGUGGAACAGUUUUCUGAAAAUGGUGUUGAGUGCCAAACAAAAUGGGAAGUGGAACAGAGUGAUGGGGCUAACAACGUUAGCAAUGAGAAUAGAGAAGAUGAAAUACAUGCUGUUAUGUAUGAUAAUGCAGACCAUCAUCCAUCUAUAACUGAAUCCUCAUCUAAUAUUAUUUCAAACAAUGGGAUGUCCAUGAGUUUACCUGAUCCAGUCCCCUCAGAGGAUUUUGUCAGUGAACAGAUGCCUCAAAUCUCAGGUAAAUCUUCUGAUCCUGACCAUUCACCAAGUACUGAAUUAUGCAUGAGUGAUGAAAUUCGUAAUGGUUCACAAGCGGAAUCUGUCAUCUGUGAUCCAUCAUCAUCCUCUGGCUCCACAGUUUCCGAUAAGCAUGAUCCAGCAAGUGAUAGUGUCAUAAACGGUGUCAAUGACUCUCAAAACUCCCAGAAUGAAUUUUAUGGUGUGCAUUCAGUUGGUUUCUGGACAAAUGGUGGCCUUUUGGGACUUCAGCCAUCAAAACCUCCUGAUUUUGCUGUAUCAACUACAGCUCAGGGUUCUGAAGCUAAAACUAGUGAAGCAUUUGGUCCUCCAAAUCAAACUCUUAUGCCUUUGCGUGAAGGACCGAAAGGAAAUUCGGGUACAGUGGUUGAGAAUGCGGAAAGUACCAAGAAGGUUCCAGGCUCAUGUAGUGAGAAAACUUCCCACCCGAUAGCUGAUUUAGAUGCCAACCUUGAAAAGCAUGUUAGUUCUCAUUGUAGUAAUGGUCUUGAUAACUUUAAUGGUGUUUGCUUGAGCCUAAACACGUCAUUGCCACAGGGAAACAAGUGCCCAGUCAAUCCUAAUGUUAAAGCUAUAUCUGCUGAAUCUGAUGAGGAGAAUGAUGACAACUCAUCUAGCAUGUUUGAACUUGGCCAUAACUUACUUGUAAAUGGUUUUCGCAGAAAGUUGUCAAUUGGACAUGCUGGUGAAUCAGAACGAGCCACUUCUACUAAAACUGAGGUAUUGGAGCAGAGGAAUGGGCACCAGGGCAUAUCAUAUCAGAAAAUUCCUUGGACAACCUUCAAUGAGCGGAUUGGAAAUGGAUCUCCUGUAAAUUCACUUACUUCUUCUCCACCACUAGAACACAUGAAAAUAUCUUUCAACCCUAUAGAUGGAUUUGAGACUUCUAAACUCAGACUGCAAUUUCCUAAUGGGAAUCAUUAUCAAGAAAGUGUCAGGGACAUGUUUCCUUCGUUUCAGUUGGUCCCAGUACCUUCUAUUCCAGUGCAUGAUGUUGCUUCGGACUCUGAUGAUGAUACUUUCUGCAGAUCAUCCCCUUAUAUGUCUGAUGAUUGCCUUAGUCAUCGCUCUGAGUCAAAUUCUGAGCAGUGGGAAUCUGGUGAAACACCUGAAAGCAAGGACCCUGAGCUGUAUGAUACAUUAAGCAGAUUGUCAUCAAUGGAAUCUGUUUCAAGCUCUUUACAAGUUGGGGAAGUAGCCAAUAGUUGCAUCCAUGUUAAUGGGGGAAAUAAAACUAUAGAUCCUGGGACCGGUGCAGAGCCAUCUCUAUCUGUGUCGCUUGAUCUCCCAAGUUUUGAUGCCAUUAACCCUGUUCUACAUGAUGAAACCAAAAGCAAUUUUGAUCAAAAGAAUCAAGUAGAAUUGCAAAAUACAAUGGAGCUCACACCAUUGCCACCUCCUCCUCCUGCACAAUGGCAGGUUUCAAAACCCUGCUUCGCUGAGGCAGAAGAUAGACAACAUGCUUUAUCAGAGUCACUCAGACAUGAGCUUGAUCUGAAACUUCUGGGAUCUAUUGUCUCUCAGAAGCCUAAUCCACCCUCAGUAAAUCAACAACAAAUAAAUGAUGAGGCAAUUGCAUUAAAACCAGAGAAGAAGCUGGUGAACCAAGAGAAGUUGAAUGGGCAGAAAGAGGAAAACCAGCUCAGUGGUGGCAGGGGGAUGGAAGAAAAGGAAGAUUUCUUGUAUCAGAUCAGAACUAAAUCUUUCAGCCUAAGACCCACAGUCACUGCAAAACCAACUGCUACUACUGGUCCCACUACGAGUGUCAAAAUUACUGCAAUUUUACAGAAAGCACAUGCAAUUCGCCAGGUUUCCAAUUGCUGUUGGGAGUGACGAUGAUGACAACUGGAGCGACACUUAAUUAUUUUUGAAUACGGGUGCUGAAGAAAAUUGGAAGUUCUCCCAGUCUUAAGUUUUCACAUUUGGGUGAGGCUGUUUGACAUGUUUAUAAUCCUUGUUUCUUCUUGUAAUUAGGUAGUGGGGCUCAUCUUGUAUCCUGUAGCGAUUAUUUGCAUUCAUUUCUUGAAUAGUUAAUGUUUCGAACAGGUAUUUAGGUGUCGUGAUGUAAGUUACAACAUCGAGGCAAUGAAUGAUUCAUGCAUAAUGCAUGAGAAGACGGUAGUCUCACGAGUUCUGUUUUUCAUUUUCGAGUUUAUUUCAAGCGGGACGCUACCUGUGCCCGCAAUUUUCUGUUGUUUCUUUUUUUUUUUUAUUCUUUUUUCUUGGAAUUGUUAUUUCCUUAAGAACAAAUCUAUAACGAAUCAUAGGAUUUGGUAGACAGUGUAGGAUGCAAGGUUAUUGCUACCGAAACUUAACAUUUACAUUACAUAAACUAGUGAUUGAUAAUUAAAACAGAGGAAAAACUUUAGUUUCGGAAAUUACAAUGCAACUUGAUAUAGAUGAAUUAUUCAGUGCCUGUCAAUGAUAUGUGUAAGGAAGCAUCUCAUUUUGCGCGUUGAAUAGAACGAAAGGGUGGAGUCUCCGGUCGUCUUUAGAACAAGGAUCCUGCCAGUUUAUACAGCGAAUAAAUAAUGAUUGCAAUUGCCUGUCUGUCUUGCUUAAAAGUGUCAUCUUAAGGCAAUUUUCAACGGCAGCAAACACAGAGCAGCGCCCGCGUAAUUGCUUGUACGAUCAGCCACUAGCUUGGGUUUGAAUCACUGCUUUGUUUUCGUUCCGUGUGUUUUGCAUUGAAGUUUUCAAUUUAGUUGUGAGAUUGAAGUCAUCUUUUUUAAUCUAAAAUCUCUUGCUUUUUUAAUCUUAAAAAAAAGCCUUCAAACUAAACCAAUCAAGUGGAUUAAGAAUCUUUCAACAAAAAGUAAAAUGAUUGGAAUAUUGGGUUUUCCUGCUUUUUUUUUUUUUUGGUUUAAUUUGCUUUUUCCACAAAGAAUCAAGGGAUAAGAACCCAACACCAAGUAAAUCAAUAAAGAAAAACUAGAAUAAGAAUUGACAAAAUUGAUGCCAGCCUACUUAUGCUAAACCCUAGAUUGGCUUUAGCCAGAACAUCUUUCAAAACUGCAACCCACAAAUUCUCGGGUGAAUUAAGAAACCGUAUUUAUUUGCAAGUUGCAUGUAGCAGCUGCUGCUUCAUAGCAAAUUACACGAGUCAAAAGGCUCUAGAUAAACAUUUAAAAAAAAAAAACUGUACGUAGAAUUCAAAGAUAAAAUUGACAUACACACCCAAAUUCAAAACACACGAGACUUACAAAUUCGCAAAGACAGGGUUUGUACUUUCUUAGAUCCAGAAACGUUACCUAAUUAAUUGUUUUGGAUUGUUUUUUCUGCGAAUUUAUAGAAAGGGCGUGAUCAGAUCAUAAAUUUAAUUAUGGGAACAAAUAA